AUGUCAGAUGACAGAUUGAAGAACAAGACAUUGGUGGAGAUUGAGAAGUACCUCAUUCGAAAUGGGUCCUCUUUGACACGAUGGCCAACAAUUCCUUAUCCUGAUUACGAUUCGUUUGCAGUUGGAAACAAUCGUCUGGUUGACGAAGAACUGUCUUUUAGUGUUCCUGAGGUACAGAGUGAGUUGGAUAGUCUAAAAUCUUCAUUGACUGACGAACAACUAUAUGUUUAUAAUCAGAUAAUGACAGCCGUUGAAGGCGAGAAAGGAGGUGUAUUUUUUGUUUACGGAUAUGGAGGAACCGGGAAGACGUUUUUGUGGAAGACGUUAGCCUUAACCGUUAGGUCGAGGGAGCAGAUUGUUUUAAAUGUGGCUUCAAGUGGUAUUGCUUCACUUCUAAUGUCAAGAGGUAGAACGGCUCAUUCUAGAUUUCACAUCCCCAUUAAUUUAGAUGAGAGUUCUAUGUGUCACAUAAGGCCCGAUGGUGAUGUAGCUUAUCUGCUUAAACAAACUAGGUUGAUUAUAUGGGACGAAGCACCCAUGGUACAUAGACAUGCGUUUGAAGCUUUAGAUAGAACAUUAAAAGAUAUUUUUGUCGAUAAAAGCAAUUGUCAGUCGGAUGUUUUGUUUGGAGGUAAGGUUAUCGUUUUUGGUGGUGAUUUUAGACAAAUUCUUCCUGUUAUUCCAAACGGAAGUAGGCAAGAAAUUGUUAACGCUUCAUUGAGUUCUUCCUAUAUCUGGCCCCAUUGCAAGUUACUUACUUUGACCAAAAACAUGAGAUUGACUGUUGGUGUUUUACCAUCUACAAUCGAGUCGACAAAGAGAUUUGCCCAAUGGCUUCUUGAUAUAGGCGAGGGUAAAGUUGGAGGGGACAAUGAUGGUGUAGCAACUGUAGAAAUACCAUCUGAUUUGUUAAUCACAGAUUCUUUGGAUCCCAUCGAAAGUUUAAUUCAAUUUGUAUAUCCAUCUGUUCUUGAAAGAUAUAAGGAUCGAGAUUAUUUUUCUGAAAGGGCGAUUCUGACACCAAAAAACGAGGUCGUACAUGAAAUAAAUGAUCGACUACUAGAAUUGUUUCCUGGUGAACCAACAGAGUACCUGAGUUCUGAUAGUAUAUGUGCGACGGAGAAAGGUAUCGAUUCAUUCCAACAAGAGUUGUAUUCACCUGAUGUCCUUAAUGGUUUAAAGAUAUCUGGUUUACCUAAUCAUCGUUUGGUUUUAAAACUUGGAGUUCCAAUUAUGCUUCUUAGGAACAUUGAUCAGCAAAAUGGUUUGUGUAAUGGUACAAGGUUACAGGUUACAUUUCUUGGAAAGAGGGUCAUAGAAGCUGAAAUUAUAUCAGGUGCUAAUGUCGGAACCAGAACAUUCAUACCAAGAAUUAGCAUGAUUCCCUCCGACAAAAAAAUUCCUUUUGCUUUUCAAAGACGACAGUUUCCUGUUGCUGUGUGCUUUGCUAUGACGAUCAACAAGAGUCAAGGCCAAUCUUUAUCUAAGGUUGGAUUGUUUUUAAAAGAGCCCGUUUUUACACAUGGCCAGCUAUAUGUAGCAUUGUCAAGAGUUAAAUCAAGGGAAGGUGUGAAGAUGUUAAUUCUUGAUAAGGAUGGCAAACCUACCAACACAACAACUAAUGUGGUUUACAAAGAAGUGUUCACACAUUUAUGA